CCCCCACUCUUUAUUUAUUUUUUUGUUUCUCUCUCUAUCUGUGAAAAAGAGUCAGAUACGAAAUUGGUCCCUCUCUCACUCUCUCUCUCUCUAAAACCCUUUUCUUCUUUCUCUCUCCUACAGACUUGGGUCUUUCUCUUCUUCUUCUUCGUGUGCGUCUCUCUCUCUUCCUCGUUCGCUUGCUCGCUCGCUCGCUCAUUCAUAUUUAUGAAUCUGAGAUAUGGGAAAGUACAUGAAGAAAUCUAAAAUCACAGGUGAAGUUGCAGUAAUGGAGGUCUCUCUCUCGCCUCAGUGCUCUCUUGGCGUCCGUACGAGAGCCAAAACCCUUGCUCUUCAGAGACAACAGCAGCAGAAGAAAUCUCCAACUUCAGCCCAAAACCAGGUGGACUCGUCGGCCUUCUCCUACCUCGAGCUCAGAAGCCGCCGUCUCGAGAAACCGCCAUUGCUAAGCGAAGCCAAGAAGCAGAAUCAGAAUCACGAGAACCAGGUUUCGCCGCGGACGAGAGGUUGCUGUGGAGAAAACCCUAGACCUAACUUUAGGUGGCACAAUUCGAGGUUGAGGGUGAGGUCUUUGGAUUCGGGCUUGGUUGACGAAGGUUUGGCUUUGAAAGGUGACGAAACAGAGGUUGGUAACAACUUAGGCUUAGAAGAAGCCUCUUUUGGGGAGAAGAAUUCGGAGUUUGAAGGCAGAGAUAGG